AUGGCGGACACGCCGGUGAAAUCGAUCGAAGAAGGUGCUGUUGCAUCAAGCGUUCCGGAAAACCCGGAAGUGCAAGACAAUCAACCAGCCGAAAUGAAGUCUGUUGCAGAAGAAGCGGGACAGAUAGCAUCAGAGACACCAAUGAGUGGAUCGGCUCAAAAGGAAGACGAAAAGGUCCCCUCAGACACUGGAUCGCCAGUAGAGCGUUCUGAGGUUCAGAAAAACGAAGUUCAAGGCUCAUUAGAAGCUGAGAAGACCUCAGUUUCUGGAGUUCUGAAAAAUCCAGCAGAUGCAGAUGAUCAUGCCGUGGAAGAAGAAGCAGAAGCUGAAGUAGAAGCAGAAGUGGAAGAAGAAGAGGAAGGUGAGACACGAUGCGUUUGUGGAGAAGUAGAUCCACCGGACGAAUCGGGAUUAUACAUCCAGUGUGAACAGUGCAGCGUAUGGCAGCAUGGUUUCUGUGUAGGGAUUACAGACGGUGAAGGAAGUGCUCCUGAGAAAUACUGGUGUGAAAAAUGUCGGCCAGAGCUGCAUACGUUAUAUACCAAUGAUGCAGGACAAGGCAGGUCAAUCUACAAGCCCGUGCAGCAAUCCAGGCGUCAAAAUAGACGCAUCAAAAAAGACGACGAACCGUCUUCCCAUCGCAGCAAUGGUCCUGCAAACACCGGCAGCGGCAAGCGUUUGAGUUCCGCUCUUGAAAAGGUGGAUACAGAUAUUAAGACCGAAACCCAAAAAUCUAUACCUGCGGAGGAACAGAAACCCCGUAAACGGCAACAGCGACGCAAGGAAAACACCACCCAAGAGCAAGUGAUCUACGGUCGCAGAGACUCCGAUGAAGACCGUCGCUCGCUCGACAGACGUCGAGCCACGUCGUCUGCACGCGAAGAAAAGCAAUACCAAUUGAUGCUAGAGAAGGCACUGAAGGAAAGCAGACGUGCGUCUCAGGCUGACGAGGAACUUGAGGCCAACCUCGCUUUGGAAUCAAACUCGAACGAUAUGGAACAACAAAUUAGUGCCCAACCUCCUGCCUUGGACGUACAGGCUGCAGAAGAGCCCCCCAAAAAGCGCGCCAAGCCCAGUAUCAACAAUAACAACUCUCCCCCAACUACUUCAGUGACUUCAUCAGAGGACGACAGCCGACGGAAGCCAAAACGCGGAGGCCCUCGUAAAGUCAGAGGUCGAAAUUCUUCGCGAGCUUCUUCUAACGACACAAGCUCCAAUACCUCAGAUAUCGGUAUAAGCAAACCUAUUAAACCCAGGCUGCCGACACAGCGAACGAGCUUGAACGAAAUGCGACGCCGCGUUGGUGCUAUUUUGGAGUUUAUUUCACGAACGCAGUUGGAGCUAUCAGACGAUCAGAUCGAAAAGCACAAGUUUACCGAAUUUAUUGAUAAUCAAGAGUUUGUCAAAAAGGUGGAUGUCGUUUACUCUAAUUUUGAUGACAGUCUAAAGACUAUGGAUGAACUGACUAGGAAACUGCUAAUGUGGGAAAAAAAAUAUGCUGUAAACCAUUGA